CUGCUUCUGCACAAGACAUCGAUCCUUCCCUACUUGUUCCUCCAUCGCCGGCCUCUGCCCCCAAGCGUGAGAGCAAUGGUAGUUCUCGGGGGAAGAGUUGCAUGGGCAUGCCCGGUGCUGCUGGUGGUGGUGGUGCUGCUGCUGCAGCUCGCCGGGGCGUCGCAUGUCGUCUACGAGACCGACCUCCUGGAGACGGAGGCGGCGGCGGCCACUGUGCCGCCUUCGAUUCUCGACGCCGAGCUGAGCACCGGGUACCACUUCCGGCCCAUAAAGAACUGGAUCAACGAUCCCAACGCGCCCAUGUACUACAAGGGGUGGUACCAUUUGUUCUACCAGUACAACCCCAAGGGUGCGGUGUGGGGCAACAUCGUGUGGGCGCACUCGGUGUCGCGUGACCUCAUCAACUGGGUGGCGCUGGAGACGGCCAUCCAGCCGAGCAUCAAGUCGGACAAGUACGGGUGCUGGUCGGGGUCGGCGACCAUCCUGCGCGACGGCACGCCGGCGAUCAUGUACACGGGCAUCGACCGCGCCGACAUCAACUACGAGGUGCAGAACAUCGCCUUCCCCAAGAACAAGUCGGACCCGCUGCUCCGCGAGUGGGUGAAGCCGCGGGGCAACCCGAUCAUCGUGCCGGAGGGCGGCAUCAACGCCACCCAGUUCCGGGACCCGACGACGGCGUGGUACGCCGACGGGCACUGGCGGCUGCUCAUCGGCGCGCUCUCGGGGGCGUCCCGCGGCGUGGCGUACGUGUACCGGAGCCGCGACUUCAUGCGGUGGACGCGGGUGAGGAAGCCGCUGCACUCGGCGCCCACGGGGAUGUGGGAGUGCCCGGACCUGUACCCGGUCACGGCGGACGGCCGGCACAGGCACAAGGGGCUGGACACGUCGGUGGUGUCCGGCCCCAGGGUGAAGCACGUGCUCAAGAACAGCCUCGACCUGCGCCGCUACGACUACUACACCGUCGGCACCUACGACCGCAAGACGGAGCGGUACGUGCCGGACAACCCCGCCGGCGACGAGCACCACCUGCGCUACGACUACGGCAACUUCUACGCCUCCAAGACCUUCUACGACCCGGUCAAGCGCCGCCGCAUCCUCUGGGGCUGGGCCAACGAGUCCGACGCCGCCGUCGACGACGUCGCCAAGGGAUGGGCCGGAAUCCAGGCGAUUCCGAGAAAGGUUUGGCUGGACCCGAGUGGGAGGCAGCUGAUGCAGUGGCCCCUGGAGGAGCUUGAGGCGCUGAGGGGGAAAAGGCCGGUCAGCAUCAAGAACAGGGUGGUCAAGCGGGGAGAGCACGUCGAGGUCACCGGGCUACGGACCUCACAGGCUGACGUGGAGGUGAGCUUUGAGGUGGCGAGCAUCGAUGGGGCGGAGGCGUUGGACCCGGCGUUAGCCAACGACGCCCAGAAGCUGUGCAGCAUGAGGGGUGCCCACGUGGAAGGCGGCGUGGGCCCCUUCGGCCUGUGGGUGCUCGCCUCGUCCAAGCUGGAGGAGAAGACGGCGGUCUUCUUCCGGGUGUUCAAGGCCGCGCGCAACAUCAACAGCACCAAUAAUAAGCCCGUCGUCCUCAUGUGCUCCGAUCCAACCAUGUCAUCUCUGAACCCGAACCUAUACAAGCCGACCUUCGCAGGCUUUGUUGACACUGACAUAGCCAAGGGCAAGAUAUCUCUGAGAAGCCUGAUCGAUCGGUCCGUCGUGGAGAGCUUCGGGGCAGGGGGCAGGACCUGCAUCCUCUCCCGGGUCUACCCGACGCUCGCGCUGGGCAAGAACGCUCGCCUUCACGUCUUCAACAACGGCAAGGUGGACAUCAAGGUGUCGGAGCUCACGGCGUGGGAGAUGAAGAAGCCGGCGCUCAUGAACGGUGCUUAGAAUUUAGGGUGGAUCGACAUGCGGGCCUCCUAUAUAUUUGCCUGAAUCUGGCUCACAUUCUGUUAGAUUGAUCUCUGGUGAGACAUGCUAGUUCUCCGAGGGUAUGGACGUAGCUUAGGCUUGCACGCCGUAUAAGUGCACCACGAAGGGGUCAUUUCGCCCUUAGGAACAAUAAAGUUCUAUGCAUA